GUCAGGCAGACCAGGUCAGCAACGUGCGGGCAGCGAGGUACCAAAGGAGCAGGCAGAGAAUGGUCAGGGUCACAAGCCGGGUUCAGUAACUCACGGGCAGCGUGGUACAGAGGAUCAGGCAGAGAAUGGUCAGGGUCACAAGCCGGGUUCAGUAACUCACGGGCAGCACGGUACAGGGUUAAACAGGAGAUAGUCAGCAACAAUGCAGAGGUCAGCAACAGAAGAUAGGCAGAGGAACA